AUGGGGGAUUCACAACAAGAAAAUAGCAAAGGAAAAGGCAAAGGUUCUGAGAGCUAUGAAUCCGGGACUAUGGACGAUACCAAUGAGUUGUUACACCUCUUAGUGGAUGCUAUCAAUAGUGGAUUGCGUGAUGCUAAUGGGACACUUAGCAAGCAAAAUUGGUUUAAGAGGCAAUAUGACAAGAUAUCUACACUUAUGCGUAACAACUCUGGCUUUGGGUGGGACCCAAGUGCAAAGACGCUCACUCCUAGUGAUGAAGUAUGGAAAAAUUACUUGAAGUCCCACCCAAGUCACAGUAAACUUCGGGAAAGUAGUCUAGUUGAUUAUGAGGAUUUGAAGAUUGUCAUUAGGGGUGGAACUGCUACUGGCAAUGGCUCGAUUGCAUAA